AGAACGAAGCAAAUAUUGAUUCAGUUCGCCAUCAGACCAGAGGUGGUCGAAUGGUCUCGUUAAAACUUUCUGGUGCUAAAAUAAAAAAUUAAAGUUAAGACAAAAAAAUAUUCUGGUAAAAAUUUUGUAAAGCAAAAUAAAAUUACUUUGUCAAAAUGACGAAGAAAUUCGACUUUAAUUGGCAAAUUGAAACCCCCGAAGCAUUGAGAAAUGGAUGUGUCUUCGACAGGUGGUACGAAGAUAAAGAUACUACGGAAUUCGAGGCUAAUUGUAUGUUCAAAGUCGACGAGUAUGGUUUUUUUAUUUAUUGGAAAAGCGAAGGAAAGGACGGUGAUGUAAUUGAAUUGGCUCAAGUAUGCGAUAUAAGAUACGGUGGAAUACCAAAGGAACCGAAAUUAUUAAGUAAAUUGAGCAAACAUGGAACUCAGGAACAAUUAGAUGCGAAAAGUCUCACUAUUUGCUCUGGAGUUGACUAUACAAAUAUUAUCUACAACCAUGUGGUUUGUCCUGAUGCACAAACUGCGAAGGAUUGGCAGGCGGGAUUACGAAAAAUUACACACAAUUCUAAAGGGAGUAAUGUUUGCCCUACAAUACAAUUAAUGAAACAUUGGAUGAGGUUGAGUUUUCAAGUUGAUGCGAAGGGAAAAGUUCCUGUGAAAGUGAUAACAAAAACUUUUGCCUCUGGAAAAACGGAAAAAUUGAUUUAUCAAGGAUUGCAGGAAUUAGGCCUGCCAAGUGGAAAAAGUGAUAAAAUAGAACCGUCAGCAUUCACUUUUGAAAAAUUUAAGGCUCUUUAUUUCAAAGUCUGUCCACGUAACGAUAUAGAAGAACUUUUUCAAUCAAUAACGAAAGGACAGGCCGAGUAUAUUACUUUACAGCAACUAGUGACUUUCAUGAAUGAAAAACAAAGGGACCCAAGACUCAAUGAAAUUUUAUAUCCGUUGUAUAGUGAAAAUAGAUGCACAGAGAUAAUCAACGAUUAUGAACCAGACGAGAAAAAUAAAGCUGCGAAAAGAAUCAGCAAAGAUGGUUUCAUUACUUAUCUCAUGUCAGACGAAAAUGCGCCAGUAUUUUUGGAAAAAUUGGAUGAGUGGAUGGACAUGGAUCAACCCUUAUGCCAUUAUUAUAUUAAUUCUAGCCACAAUACAUAUCUCAGUGGUAAACAGAUUGGUGCAAAAAGUACAGUCGAGAUGUACAGACAAGUUCUCCUUGCUGGUUGCAGGUGCGUGGAAUUGGAUUGUUGGGAUGGGAAAACCCCAGAAGAUGAACCGAUUAUAACCCACGGAAAAGCAAUGUGUACUGACAUUCUUUUCAAAGAUGUUAUUUAUGCUUUGAGAGACACUGCCUUCGUCACGUCUGAUUAUCCAGUUAUUUUAAGUUUUGAGAACCAUUGCAGCAUCAACAAUCAAUAUCGACUUGCAAAAUAUUGUGAUGAUAUUUUGGGGGAUUUGUUGCUAAAGGAACCUCUCAAAGAUUAUCCUUUGGAACCAGGAGUGCCUCUUCCUCCACCGAGUGCCUUAAAGCGAAAAAUUCUCAUAAAAAAUAAAAGAUUGAAACCUGAAGUAGAAAAAGUUGAGCUGGAACUUUUCCGAUCAGGGCAAUUUGAAGCCAAAGAUGAAGUUGUUGAAGAUGCAACCGCAGCUGGGGCCCCACCAACGGAACCUCCUCCGGAAGCUGCAGCGGCAGCAGCUCCAGCAGCAGGUGCUGAAGGUGGGCCUGAGGGUGAAGUCGCACCAAUUCAAUAUUCAGGAAGUAGUUCAGCUUGUCAUCCCUGGCUUUCGUCAAUGAUUAAUUAUGCUCAGCCAAUCAAAUUUCAAAGCUUCGAUAGCGCACUCAAGAAGAAUAUCCACCACAAUAUGUCUUCAUUUUCUGAGACUGCCGCUCUGAAUUAUCUGAAGACUUCCGGGGUUGAAUUUGUCAAUUAUAACAAGCGACAAAUGAGCAGAAUUUAUCCCAAAGGAACGAGAGUCGAUUCCUCAAAUUACAUGCCUCAGGUCUUCUGGAAUGCUGGUUGUCAGAUGGUGGCUCUGAAUUUUCAAACUCCGGAUUUGCCAAUGCAACUGAAUCAAGGAAAAUUUGAAUUUAAUAAUACGACCGGUUAUUUAUUAAAACCGGAAUUCAUGCGAAGGACGGAUAAAACUUUUGAUCCAUUUUCUGAGGACGUGGAUGGUGUUAUCACAUCCCAAUGUUCAGUUCGAGUGAUUGCAGGACAAUUUUUAUCGGACAAAAAAGUUGGAACCUACGUAGAAGUAGACAUGUAUGGUUUACCAGCAGAUACCAUAAAAAAAGAAUUUCGAACAAGAAUGAUUCCCGGAAAUGGACUGAAUCCCGUUUACAACGAAGAGCCGUUUCUUUUCCGAAAAGUUGUUUUACCGGAUUUGGCUGUUCUCAGAUUUGGAGUUUAUGAAGAAAGUGGAAAAUUAUUGGGCCAACGAAUUUUACCUUUAGAUGGUUUGCAAGCUGGAUAUCGACACAUUGCCUUAAAAACUGAAGCCAAUUUCCCUAUGGCAUUGCCAAUGUUGUUUUGUAAUAUCGAGCUUUCAAUUUACAUUCCUGAUGGCUUCGGAGAUUUUAUGCUUAUGCUUUCUGACCCUGGAGCUUUUACGAAAGGGGCAGAAAAACAGGAUCAAGCUAUGAAGGGAUUGGGAAUUGAAAAAACGGACGCAAAAGCUGAAGAGGAAAAGAAGAAGAAAGAAGAGGCUAAAGCUAAGGAAUUUAAAGUUGAACCAAUUACUGUUGAGAUGCUGAGAAAGGCCAAAGAAUUCAAGUUUGGAAAGAAACAUAAUAAAGAAAUGGAUACCUUAAAGAAAAAACAUGCAAAGGAAAGACAGACGAUGCAAAAAAAUCAUAUCACUGCUGUGGAAAAAUUAGCAAAGGGAAAAGACAAAAACUCUCUUAUAAAUGAUCCAAGUGUUAAAAAAAUGGUAAGUGAACAAACUACCGAGUGGUCUGCGAUGGUGGAAAAACAUAGAAAGGCAGAAUGGGAACUUCAUCUAAAACAGGUUGAUGCCAGUCGAGAGGAAAUGAAAAGAGUGAUUGAUAUUGUUAAAGUAAAUCAAGAUAAACAACUGCAAUUAAAACACGAAAAGGAUAUUAAAGAAAUGAAUUCUAAUCAGGCAAAAACAUCUGUCGAAACUUCUAAGGAAGUAAUGAACGACAAGACCCUGAAAUCAAAGGGAGAAAAGGACAGAAGGCUGAGAGAAAAACAGCAAGCUAACACAAAAAAAUUUUUGGACGAAAGAAAAAAUGUUACGAUAAAACAGGGUCGUGAUAAGGAAAAGUUAAAAAUCGCUCAGGAAAAAUCGGUCGCUGAUUUGGAUAAAAAUAUCGAGGCUACUUUGGAGAUGUAUAAGAACGAAGCAAUACAAUUGGAAAUUGCAGCAAAAACAGAAUUUUACGUUUAAGUAAAAAGUUAAUAAAUUAUUCAAUUUUUCUAAAAAAAAUCUAUACAUGCAGUGAUUUGCAUCUUUUUAUUUCGUGAUACAAAUUUUGAGGGAGUGUAUUUUUGAAUGAAUUUUAUAAAAAUAAUUCAAUAAUUGUAUAAUUAUUAAAAUUAAUAUUUUUAAAGAUUAAAUUCAGUUGUAGUUGUUAUUGUUAAAUUUUAUUAUUAGAUGUUAUGUUUGUGGU